UGGCCCGCUUAGCCAGAGCGAGCUACUAUAUUUACUUUGUGUUUGUCGGCAUCUACCUAUCCUAUUUUAUCCUGAACCCUAACACUACGCCGAAGAUGUUCGUCAUGGCUACACAAAUGGUCCUUAUACCGACUACGGUUGCGGUUGACCCAAUCAUAUGGCUCUGGCAAGGUGACAUUGCGCUGAUGGCGGACGUGGAGAUGAUGUAUAGUCGCCAGCGGAACGUACCCAGAAUCUUCGAUAACAAGGUGCUCCGUCUAGUGUACUACUGCAGCGUAUCGAUUAUCGAUGUCAUGACAUCGCUCAACGGUUGUUUUGGCAUGGGUGUGUCAUUGUCGCUGUAUCUUGCACAUCUGGGGUGGCUGACAGUUUUCGACACCGGCUUCACUCUUCUCGCAUUGGUAAACCUAGCAGUUAUAUGCGUGAAGCUAUACGCCAAGAACGCUAGUCAAGUACCGAAAGGCGGAUGCGCUCCGUGAGGAAAAGCGGCGCGAGGAAGAGCAGGAGGAAAGGAGACUCCAGGAAGAAUAUGAGAAGCGGAUGGAAAAGAUCAGAGAGGAGCUGGGGCAAGAUAUAGAAAAAUCCAAGGAA